CUGGGGAGAAUUUACUGGCUCCGUGAGAUUUUCCGCUAAUAGGUGUUGUGUUAUGGAUUGCGUUUUAUAUUUUUAGCUGCUUGUUGUGUUUUACGCAAACCCAGACACCCUAGAGGCAGGUUUUCGCACAAACAACGGCCAAAAUAAAUCAUAAAUUUUGUGAGUUUAUGUUAAAGAUUUCAUACUGCGCACUUAGAAAAGUAAACAUAUUUGUCACGCGCACAUGAAGUGUACAAGAGGUAAAAUAUUUGAUCACAUAACACCACGCAAUGUCAAAGUACAAAAUCCGAUCAUAAAUGCGCUCAAAUGUACUCGUGUCUGGAGCCAGAUUAGCAUAUAUUACGCACGAAUGGACCACUGAGAAAGCGCGUUGACCGCGACAAAAGACAAAAGUUGCUCGGUUAAAAAAAGCAAAGUUCUUAUAUUGUCUGAUGCUUAUCAAGACUUUUCAUCGUCAAAAUGAAAGCAUUUCAGCUCAAAAUAAAGCGAAAACUUUGCCAACAGUGUGAUGUUUCAUGGUCUAUAUAUCUUUUGGUCGUUUUAUUUGGUAUCGGCUCCUGGGUUGCUGUAAAUGGCGUGUGGGUCGAGUUGCCUGUUCUUGUACAACAUGCUCCCGAAGCUUGGAAGCUGCCUUCAAUUUUCGCCGUGGCCAUACAAAUCGCGAACAUAGGACCGAUUUUACACACAGUUUUUAACGCUUUCUUCCCGGGAAAAGUCCGUGAUGUACUGGUAAUUUAUGUUAUACUUUCUUUGGGGAUUAUUGCGUGUGGAUUGCUGGGAUUUCUAUGGAAGGAAACGGGAUUUAUCGGAGGAAAAGAAUACAGCGUUGCUUUAAUAGGAUUGGUGUUUUUUGUGGCGUUUGUCGAUUGUACGUCGAGUGUGACCUUUCUACCGUUCAUGGCGGUUUUUAAGAAGGACUAUAUGUCCGCAUUAUUCGUUGGUGGUGGUUUAAGCGCUUUACUUCCAAGUUUACUAGCAUUAGGACAAGAUAUACCCGACGGUGGCGACCCUUGUGCCAACUAUUCGCAGUCCAAUACGACAUGGAGUACAAAUUCGUCCGACGAUUUAAAUUUUGGUACAAAUGUGUUCUUUUUCGGUUUAAUGUUAAUGAUGGUAGUGUCCUUUCUAGCUUUUGCGGGAUUAAACACGUUUUCUUUUGUGAAACGGGAACGCGUUGAUUUUAAUUUCGGUGGGGAGGAUGAAGAUACAAUCCCUCGAGAAGCUUUGGCGGUCGAUUCGAGUCAAGAAUUUGAACUUCAUAGCCCGAACGGAAAUGGCGAUUUUAUAGACGAUGAUGGCUCACAAAUUGGCAACUGUCAGCGAGUAAAUCAGCCAUCACGACUAGCAUUUUUAUUGGUGAUACAAAUCUGGAUUCAUGCAUUUAGUAAUGGUGUGGUACCUUCUAUUCAAACAUAUGCUUGCAUACCAUAUGGCAACCAUAUUUACUUCCUAACACUGAUUUUGUCCAACGUUGCAAACCCCUUAGCAAGUCUACUGUUUUAUUGGCUGCCGACAACAAAAACUUUGUUCAUUGGCUUGCUGAGUGCCGCCUACACUAGUCUGGUUGCAUACAUUUUGUGUGUGGCGUCGCUGAGCUCAAAUCCACCAUUGGUACAUAACGGUAUUGGAGCUUCAAUCAUAGUAAGUAUAAUGGUGUGGUUUUAUUGUUUUUGCAAGGCAGAAUGGCCAGACAGAUGUUCCAUCUGGAUGAGCUUGGAAAAAGAUAUAAGAUGAUUUGUCUGCACAUUUUGCACACAAAUGUAGGAAACAGACAAAUCCCCAAUAGUUUGUUCAGAUGGUUAAAAAACCAGAGUGAAUCUGUCGGACAUAUGGUGCAACUAACUCAUGGCAAUGUACCAUUUUGCAACUUUAUUAAUAUUUAUACAAUCUAACAUACACAACCUCGCAAGUAUGUUGGGUGCUUUAAUUAAAUUAUGACUUCCUGGUCUGCAUGAAAGUAAGCUUCAGAAAUGAGUCAUUCCAGAAAACAUCCAUACCACCCCCAUGGAGGAAAUUGGAAGUUACCCCCCCCCCCCCCCCCCCCCCCACUUUGUAUGUCAAAUAGAAACAUUGUAUGAACAAAAUAAUAACAUAUUGAUGAAUCCAGUUUCAUUUUAAGAUCAGAGGUCUCGAGUCAUUUGGCCAAUUUACACUUGCUUGAGUUGUCUGGAAAAAUCAUCUUGCAUUAUACAAAUUUUUAAAAGAGCCUUUGCAAUAAAAUGUAUUAAUUAACCUUCUUGUUCUUUUUGUAGGUAAUCAUGAAUGUGUUAAGUGUUGCUAUAGUUACCUACACAAAGGUUGCAAUCUCAACGUGGAUGCAAAAACAAGGAGAGCGUCAUCUGCGAUGGGCAGGAAUCGCUUUGCAAUCUGGAUCAUUCCUUGGAGCAAUGAUUAUAUUCAUCUUUGUGAAUGUUCUUAACAGCUUCUCACAAUGUUGAUCAAUGAGAACAUGGAUAAUAAAAUAAAUGGAUAGGAAACUAGCUGACGUGACCUAAUGUUUUUACUGUGAUUGAUGGCAUGGUUGGAUGCCUCAACCUAGUUGAAAAUCAAAUUCUCAAAAACGGCAUGUUUAGCAAUAAUACAGCUAAACAUUUUAGUCAAAGAGCAAAUAAAUAUAACCACGCCAUUCUACGAUGAUAACUCUAAGUAUUCCCAGUCAAUUUUAGCAAAUAUUUCGUUAAAAUUUGUGACGCCAAUUUCGUAGCUACAAAUGUAAAAAAAUACAAAACAAAGACGAAAAACAUUUACCUUGAAUACUUUGUCGUGGAUUAGGCACGUUUUUAAAACAAUUAGACCAGUUUACGCUUCAAGAUCACCCUUUUAAAGUGGAAAAUAUAGCAAAACAACAAAUAUGCCGAGAACUUUGGUAACAUUCGCAAUACGCGUGACGUCACGUUUUUCAACAAGGAUGCAGUCAAUGACGUCAGAAGUUUCCAAUCCAUUUAUUUUAUUAUCCAUGAUGAGAACGAGUUUUGAUAGCUAAGAGCCCAGAACAACCUUAAAAUGAAUUUUGGACAGUGUUCUAACUUUGUGCAGAUCAAACUAGUUUGAUGAAUUAACACCUGGAAAAAGUGUUUAAUGUUGUUCAGAGCAAUUACAAUAUUGAUCUUUGUGAGGUUUGCACAAUGCAAAGGCCACUAAUCACUUCAAAAAAAUAGUCAAAAUGUGGGAAUUAAGGAAGUAGGUGUUAUUGUAGAUCAGUAGACUGGUAAUUGUAAAUAAAACAAUAAGGAUAGAAAUUAAGAAAGGGUUAAGUGAGGUCCUGGGAAUUUUAGAGAACGGAUACAGAUUAUUUAUGUUUAAAUAGCAGGAUUAUUGAUUGUUAACACCUGGGGAAUUUUAGGAUUAUUGAUCCAUUUUAAUUUGGGGGAUAUCUUUGUUUAGAGAUUAUUUUCAAAAUUUACUCAGAAUUAUGGAUUAUUUGGAAAGUCCCCUAACAGGGCCUCAACAUUUGGGAAGGAAGUUAAUUGUUUGUAAUGAAGAGAUGAUUGAAGAAGAAGAUGCUUGUAAAUGAUGCUUGUAAAAUAUGUUCUUUAGACAAUCAGGGCUUCAUCAACUCUUAAUUUAGUUGCCAUUAUGAUGGAUUUCUAGUCAUUUUGCUGUACAAAAUAAAUAAAUAAUUUAAUUCAUUCAGUGUUCACAAAUUCACACGUGUGAUGGAAGGGAGGUCAGGAAGUUAAUCCAUAAGUUGCACAGUACAACUUAGUGAAACCCAGUAUCAUAUAUGCUAAUUAGGAUGAAAUGUUCUCGAGGGAAUGUGUCCAAACUAUUUUUAUUCGCCUCCCACUACUAGAUCGUACUCCACAAGUUGUCUCCAAAAGCCAUCAUUUGGUUUAGCAGAGGGUCGUGCUUGUUUAACAAGACGGAAAGCUUUCUGUAAACAUAGCUUCUUAUUACGCAUUAGAAACGCUAUUACUACUGUUGAAGAUCUUGAUAUCCCUGCAUUGCUGAAAAAAAUAUGGAGAAGUGUCCUUGAAUUAGCAAAUUAAGUUACAAAUUAAGGCAUUCAGGGGUAUUAAUUAAAUCAGAAAAAUCCAAUGUGGAAUUCGGAUUUUGCUACUAGGAAAACGUGUGCCAUACCGUGACUAGAAACAAUUGGCAGACAAGCAAGCGUGUGCAUGAAUCUUGUGCAAGAUCAGGGUGCUUAU